AUGGCGGCUUCAAGGAAAAAGUGGACGGAACGUGAUACUGUAAGGUUCGUGGAACUGUAUGAAGAAGAACAAGUGUUGUGGAAUAUGCGACUCAAAGACUGUAAACAAAAAAGAUGCCCGGAAUGCGCUAUUCAGUGCAUUAUACAUAACCUCAAUAUGGAGGCUACAAUUCAAGAGGUGAACACGAAAAUAAAUAACAUUCGUAGCACAUACACCCAGGAAAAAGUAAAAAUUAAAAAAUCUACUGGGACCGGAUCAGGGGCUAAUGAUGUGUAUGUUCCUUCAUUGGCUUGGUAUGAAAUCGCCGACAGAUUUUUAUCUGGGGUCAUAAAAAGCAGGAAAACUUAUCAGAAUGUGAUUCACAUUCAAUGUGAUGCAACAAGGCAAGAAUCAACACAACUUGUUGUAGUAAAUGAUGCAUUACAAGAGGAAGGCAUAGAAGUUCAGAUCCAACGUGAUGCAACAAGCCAAGAAACAUCACCAAAAUUUGUAGUAGAUUAUCAAUACCAAGAAGCAAUUCGAAGCAUUGGCGGGAUUCAAAAUAAUGAGAAUUAUCGCUAUUUUGAAGUAGUUUGUAGGUAG